UUGCAUGGUGAUGAGGCUCAAUAUUGACUGCAAUGGAUGUUGCAGGAAAGUAAGGAGAAUACUUCUAAACAUGAAAGAAAUAGAGACACAUUUGAUUGAGAAGCAGCAGUGUAGGGUAAGUGUGUGUGGGAGAUUUGUACCAGCAGAUGUGGCAAUAAAGAUGAGAAAGAAGACGAACCGUCGAGUUGAAAUUCUGGAAAUUCAAGAGCUCGAUGGCACCACUGAACAAAUGGAGCAAAGGGCUAUGAUUGCUACUUGUAAAACACAUCAAUUAUAUUGUUAGGGUAA